CACAGCCACUGCUGAGUCCCACUUCGUCUGGCGACAACGGCGAUGGGGGGGUUGUUUUGAUUAAAGUUGACGGAUUUUUUUUCCACGUUUCUAUCCCCGCAUUGCUGCCUUAAAAUCCAGGAUGUUUAAUGUGCUUUCUGAUUGCCCUACCGUCGGUGUUUCUCCUUUACGUCCCCGAAGGAGGAUCAAGCUUGGGAAUAACCGAUCUUCAAGCUGAGAGGAGCAACUUUUUCCAACUGCUUACUAGUCAGUGGGCUGACCUAUGCUAAGCUAACCCGCUAACCAAAUGCAGCUGAAACUCCAGUUUAAAGUCCACAAACGAGCGAUAGAACUUUACAUUCCGGGGGUUGGUAACUAGAUGAUAUUUACUGGCGACUUUCUAAGAGAAAGCUGCCCAUCGGAGCCUCACUUUAUCCGGUCGGAGUGGUCGGUGCAGGUGCACCUCUUGCGGCACCUGCGAAAACUUGGUAGCUCCAUCGGCUAACUUUAGCUUGUUCUCGUUAGCAUUAAGAGACUAUGUUGUGGACCAAUUUAUGGCAGAGCUUAUUGGAGGAGUAAGACAUUAAUUGUUAGUUUUAACUUUAUGCUGCUAGUUAACCGUCAGUCCAUGAAGUGGCGACAUUAGUUAAGUAUCACGGCUAACCGUAGCUAGCAAGUUGUUGACCCUCGUAGACUUUACCGGAGUGGCGACGUGGAUACUGGACGCUCUCUCUCUCCCCCACAGGACUUUGGACACGGUUUGAUCCUGCCGUGGGCUGCGCAGGGGGAUGCCCCUCUCUUCUCUUCAGCUAGUCUCGUACAUGUGACAGCAUGGGGAUUUCAAAAAGCUACUUUUUUCCAGUUUAAAGUUUUAAUUUUGUCCUAAAAGCUCUGCACCCUAUGGUGCCGCUACGGCCACCGAGAAAUGGAUGUCUCGCAGGCCGCUUUCCCAAACGGUGAAGGGCGGCCGGGCGGCGGUGGGACAGGGGAGCAUGCCUGGACAGAUUCCCCCACAGCUCGGGCUUGGGCUCACUCUGCACCGCUGUGCCCGACUCGGUCUCUGUGGACAGCCGCGUAUGACUACGAGGCAAGCGGUGAGGACGAGCUCAGCCUCAGGCGAGGGGAUGUGGUGGAGGUGCUCUCCAAAGACGCAGCGAUUUCAGGGGACGAGGGGUGGUGGACGGGUAAAAUCAACCACCGCGUCGGGAUUUUCCCAUCAAACUAUGUCACAUACCAGCCCGCUAUUUACCGUCUCCCUGCUACGAGUGGCUCUGUGGGGACACGACAGCAAGUCCCGAGCUCGCCCGUCAAGAUCCCCUUCAGUGAACUGGUACUAGAGGAGAUCAUUGGCGUGGGUGGAUUUGGCAAAGUUUACCGGGGCACAUGGAAGGAUCAAGAGGUCGCCGUGAAGGCAGCUCGGCAAGACCCGGACGAGGACAUAACAGCCACCGCCGGCAGUGUUAAACAGGAAGCAAAACUUUUCUCCAUGCUGCAGCACCCCAACAUUAUUAAACUGGAAGGAGUGUGUUUGGAUGAGCCCAACCUGUGCCUGGUCAUGGAGUAUGCCCGAGGCGGGACACUGAACCGGGCGUUGACCGGAAGGCGCAUCCCUCCACACAUCCUGGUCAACUGGGCCGUGCAGAUUGCACGCGGGAUGCUCUACCUCCACGAGGAGGCCGUGGUACCCAUUAUCCACCGUGACCUGAAGUCUAGCAACAUUUUAUUACUUGAAACAAUAGAGAAUGACGACAUCGGGAGGAAGACCUUGAAAAUCACAGAUUUCGGCCUGGCGAGGGAGUGGCACAAAACCACAAAAAUGUCCGCUGCAGGCACCUACUCCUGGAUGGCCCCCGAGGUCAUUAAGUCAUCCCUCUUCUCCAAAGGCAGUGACGUCUGGAGCUAUGGUGUCUUGCUGUGGGAGCUGUUAACAGGGGAGGUGCCGUAUCGCGGGAUAGACGGCCUGGCUGUGGCUUACGGUGUGGCAGUCAAUAAGUUAACACUACCAAUCCCCUCCACUUGCCCUGAACCCUUCGCCAAGCUUAUGGAAGAGUGCUGGGACCAAGACCCCCACGUGCGUCCCUCCUUCUCCUGCAUCCUGGAGCAGCUGUCGGCCAUCGAAGAGGCGGUGAUGGCCACCAUGCCCCAGGACUCCUUCCACAGCAUGCAGGAUGACUGGCGUGUGGAGAUCCAGGAGAUGUUUGAUGAGCUCAGGACCAAAGAGAAGGAGCUACGUUCCAGAGAGGAGGAGCUGACGCGAGCCGCCCUGCAACAGAAGUCUCAGGAGGAGCUGCUGAAGCGUCGGGAGCAGCAGCUGGCGGAGAGGGAGAUCAACGUGCUGGAGAGGGAGCUCAACAUCCUCAUCUUCCAGCUCAACAAAGACAAGCCCAACGUGAAGAAGAGAAAAGGCAAAUUCAAACGUUCCCGCCUCAAACUGAAGGAUGGAAACCGCAUCAGCUUGCCCUCAGACUUCCAGCAUAAGAUCACCGUGCAGGCGUCGCCCUCCAUGGACAAGAGGCGAAGCCUUCACAGCACCAGCUCCUCUCCUCCCAGCAGUCCCACACUCAUCCCCCGACUACGAGCCAUUCAACUUACUCAAGAUGAGAGCAACCGUACGUGGGGCCGCAGCACCCUCUUCAGGCCAGAGGAGUUUGAUGAUGUGAAAAAGGGAAUCAAGAAGAAAGGAAGAACCUGGGGCCCAAGCUCAGUGCAGAGCAAAGAAAGACCAGCUGCUGCUGAGAGAGUGCGUCCUCUGUCAGACGGCAGUAACCCCUGGUCCACCAGCCUGGUUAAGUCUCAGAAGUCUGUCCCCCUCGCUGCUCUGUUUGCUGAACAAGCGGGGUCCGGAAAAGAGGAGGCAUUUUCCCAGGAAUGUCCCGACAGCAGCUCCAAGCCAAAGCAGCUCAAGUUCCCCAACCAGGUGUACAUCGAUCUACCUCUGUGGAGGGACGAGCAGCAGCCUCAGAGCCCCGGGGGGCAUUGUGGGUCGGGAGAUGCUGGUGUCGGGGCAGCAUGUCAGGGAGGCCCGCUGGAGACCCCAGACGACACCACCACCACAUCCACCUCGUCCACCUCCACCACCCCACAGCUCACCCCCACCAACAGCCUGAAGCGGACAUCGGCUCGCCGCAAGACUGACUCCGUACUGUACGGCUGCGGCUCGUUGCUGGCUUCAGUCGUGCUCGGUUAUGACAUUAGGGAGGCUCUCAAAAACUCUGCUCCUGGGGAAGACUGCGAGCCCCAGCGUGAGGAGAAAGAGAAGAAGAAGAAGGAGGGCUUGUUUCAGCGUGCAACACGAUUCCGCCGCAGCACGUCGCCACCGAGUGGUCGCCCCCGCAAAGACGAGGCGUCGCCAAAUCAAACCACCGCCCAAUCUGUCAAUCUCAUCUCCAUGUCAGCCAUUAUGGAAUGCAACUCCACCAAGUGUCUCUUACAGUCGGAGGCGGAGGUGUCACAGUCGAACCCUGCGAAGGUUGAGCUUGUGGUCGCCAAUCAUCACGCAGAGUCAUCCAGGCCCCGCCCACCAGCGUCUACAGAAGGCCAGAGCAACAGAACCACAGCUAACACACAGACACCAGUGCAAACCCAAAGCCAGCCACCGGAGCAGAGCAACCACAACACAGGGACACGUCUACGCAGAAAGAAAUACACCAACAACCACAACACCAAUGGCCCGCCUACUCUGCCUCCUCCAGCCACACAGAAGAAGAAGGAGAAAGAGAAAGAUGGCGUGUCAGAGAAGCCUUCUACUGGGGAAGCCUUCUCCAGACCACGGCCAGUGUCGUUCCGGGCCAAACCCCACGCCUGGGCCCUGCUGCGGGGACGCAACAAGAGCUACUCCCUGGGCCACUACUCCGGAGAGAAGGCAGCUCAGAACCUAAGCAUGGUGCUGUCCUCAGAGGUUGGGACGGGCUGCUCCCUGCUGGACAUGGACACAGAGGGCCAGAAACGAGACUGCACUGUGCCGCUGUGCCGCAUUCAGAGCUCCCCAGGACGGCCCUCCGUCUUCGAGCUGGAGAAGGAGUUCCUCUCGCCUUGAAAAGUGAUCUGCUGUGGUCAUAGUUCAUCCCAUACAAACUAGAGUGUUUCAGAACAUACAGACAGAAAUUUUGGCCUAAAACUCCUGGAGGGUUUAGAACCAGGCUGCCUUUUUUUCCUCAAUUUUUAAAAAAAGUUCUAUAACAUAGAACCCAGCUAUGUUUUAUUUCUAGAACAUAGUGACGUCAGUGUCCUAGAGCGUAGCCAAGUCUUACUGUGUCCAAAAUCACUCACUAUGCAGUUCACCAUAUCAUGAAUUUGCCUUUUUGUAGUGCUCUCCAAAUGUAUAAUGAGAAUUAUUAUACCCCAUAUAGUGGACUCAAAGCAUCAGCACAACUGGAGUUCAGUAACUAAGCUCUAUAUACGACCAUGCAGAAGGAUAAAUGGCAGACAGAUGAGUGUAUGCACUACAUCAUUAUGGCACAAAUCAUGCCUUGCAACAUGUACAGUAAUUGCUGUAAAGUUCUAUUUCUGUAGGCCAACCCAGUUAGCAUUACCCUGGUUCCUUAGACAAAAGCUGGAUUUUUCCAUCUAAUUAUUGAUUAUUGCAGAAAACAAGCUCUGUGGCAAACAAAACCUAAUGAUAUACAUUUUGUCUAGCAAGAUAAUCUUCACAAAUUAACUGAAUUUUUAACAUUUUUGAGCUUAAUAACAGCCACCAGAAAUAAAAGGGUUACAUUAGGCUAUUAAGGAACUACAUCAUAGUCACAUGACCUCAGCAUCAUUAACCACUAAGCUGAUGAUGAUGUCUAAUGUCUGCGACAACCUAGGUUUUCACAUACAAGGAAUUUGCUGUGGUGUAUUGGUGCAUAAGAACAAACAAAGUACUAAAUAUAGAUAUAGAUUAAGGCAAGUACUUCAAACAAAAAAGAGCAGCUUAAUAGAAAAUAUAAAGAAUAGAAAAAGUCAACACACAAAAAAAGUGAGUCAUAAAACAAAAUGUCAAAAAUCUCUUUAUUUCAGUGGCUAACCAAAAAUACAUUAAAAAUAAACAGGGAACCAAAAAAUGCUAACUUAUUUUUAAACAACCUCACAAAAUAUAUUCAAAUUCAUAAGUAGUAAAAAUGACAGUUGGGUGUGAAAUAAUGUCAGUUUAUUACAAUGUAGUUUCCAAAAAAUUGUAUGACAGUAUUUAUUAUGGAUGGUCCACUAGCCGCUGUUUAUUGGCAUGUUUUAAUGGUGCAACAGCAAUAACAUUCAUAAUGACGCAAAGAAAAUGAUGAAUGAAAGUGAGCGGGGGGUGAAUGAGUGAGUGAUUUCGGACGCAGCCUGAGACUUCUACAAGACAUCUGUGUCACAGGAGUUCUACACACUCGGUCUUACACACACCUUGUUUCAUUCGUAGUUCUGAAACGUGAGCAGAACAUUCUGACCAUCCUCUGGUCCUCUCGGUGCUCGACUGCCACCUCUGUUCGCCCAUCUCUCUCUCUCUCUUCCUCUCUCUCCCCCUCUCCCUUUUGUUACCUUCUUCUUUUCUCGUUCUGUCGGUGCAGCUAAACGUUGACCGCUGCUGCAGCUUUUCGCAACACAAUACCCUCACCUUUUUAUUUAUAUAUAUAUUUUUAUAGGUAAUUUAAUAUGAAGAGACUUGACCUUACCUUAGCAACCAGCAGGACAAACAUUCCAUGUCAGUUUCAAAGUUGUGCGAUCACGCUUUUAGAAGUUUUUUGACUUGAGAAUCAUGCAUGCAUGUACCCUUAAAAUGUUGAACAAAAAAAAAAAUCUUAAUGCUUUGUUUGUAAAUAUUUCUUUCUAUCCCAUUAUCAGCCUAAUGCUGGCAGUUGUUUUGUAUUUCAUAUAUGCUGUUUUAUGACUGUUUUAAAAGUCAGCAAUGCUGCAGAGCCGUUUGUGUUCUGGGGACAGGUUACACACUGGAUCGUAGCAGGGAUGCAAGUUUGUUCCCUCCCAGAACACCCUGAAGAUUUUAGAGAUGCAGGUAGAAAAACACUGGAAGUCCUACAGAGCAAACUACUUAAAGGUUGGAUUACAUUUUAAUUGAUCGUUGUGGUCAAGUGUUGCUAAUAUGGAGUAUUUAUAGAAAAAGGUUUUGUUUUGGUAAUAUUUCCUGUACUCAGCACCCUGCAGCAGAGUGGGGGAACACUUCACGUCAGGAGAACCUGCCCCAAAUUAAUGAAUUUAUAAUCUAAUCUAAACCCCCCCCCAAUGACAGCUGAUUGGUUGGAACUGUAAUGACUUAGCAUAAUAUCAGAUUUAACUCGUGAGAGGAUUAAUACACAACCCGGGAGUGGCCAUAUGGGAGCAUUUUAUUUGGAAGAUUAAGUGCACAAAAUGUACUUAAUCAAAAUAAACCAGAUAGACCACGUGCCUUCAAGUAAUAACAAUUUUUCAAAAUGUCCAAUUUAUAUCUUGAAUUAGCACACAUUGCCUUUUUUUAGUUGCAUGUACGUAAUUGAACUGUUAUGCUUAUUUUCGUUGUUGUAUUUUUAUCACUUUGUAGCAUUACCCAGUUCUAGGUUAAUUAACGGUUUCCCUAUGUAGCCAAAUUUUCAUUUCAUCAACCUCAGUAAAGUCUGGAUACAUUUGAGGAUAGAAUUUAGCUAAAGCGAGUGAAGACACAAGCCGUGUUUCCAUUUAAUAUCACAUUAAAAAACCUAAAUGAAAAACUUCAAAUUUGAUAAUAUUUUAGCAACUGUCUCUUAAGGUGUUUUUUGCCUUUGUCAAAAAAAGAGUAGAUGCACUAAAUGGCUAUAUUAUAUAAUAUAUGUAUAAUGGGAUAUUGAAAUGCCUUUGUCCAGUAAGUUCUAACAUUUAACUCAAGUGAUUUAUGAGCUUUUUUGCUGGCCAGAAAAGGAAUUCAUUUCUUUGUCUCUGGACAGUAUUAAACAUGGCUAAUAAUAGCAGAUAUGAAGACAGAAGUUUACCGAUUGAAACUAAAUCCUGAAGACUUUUCUCCAUUUUUCAAUAGUAAGUGGGUUUGAGGCAAUGCGAUAUCUUUUAUUUCUUUUAUUUCUUCUACUCUAUUAGAUAGAAGAUUACAGUUAUGCUUCAGGAUCAAACCAAUUGAAAGAGAAGUGCCUAAUCUGAGUUUCUUUUCUCCAAAAAUUAUUUUAAAACUGGCUUCACAAUAAAAUAGAAGGCUGAAUAUCAUCUCUCAUUGUGUCCCUCUGUAGGAUAUAUACUGUGCCUGGUCCUAUGGUCACUCCCGGACUCUUUACAAGUUGAACAAAUGAACUUAGCAUCCUUUUAUACUGUUGACUGAUGAUUAUACUCCCCCAACUUUAGAUCGCUGUCUUUCUUCAGUUUGUUUCAUUAGAAAAUGUGUCCCACUUUUGAAGUACAACACCUGGCUCAUUUACAGUAACAUAUGAAUUCCCAAAUGGUGUAAAUAUAAUUGUGAUUGCUGAUGUGUAUAUCACUGUGGCAUCUUAUGAUGAUUUAGAAUGUGAAGUGUCCCAUGUUCUGUAUUUUAUGACCACUGACUGUCAAACCAACACUAUAAAGGCCUUACUGAUCACCAAGCAGUUAAAAGGGCAGUUUACAAGCCAAGAUAUUACUGGACUUACCCUUUUCCUUUGAAUAAUUAAGGGCUAUCUGUAAAUACCAUAAUGCACUGGUGCUGUACAUUCCCCUUAAAAUAUUGUUUUUCAUUUUGAAGCUGAAGUCUGCAGUUUGUCCUCCACGGUUACAAAACUUAACAGAAAGGUUUUGUUUAUGAAAGUUGACAAAGACCCAAAUAAACAUUCCACUAUAUUUGACAAACUGCAGCGAGAAUAUUUGUGCUACCUGUUAUUAAAGAGGUGCAUUCAGGCUUCUGGCUAAGGGACCAAAUUCAACUCUACCAGCACUAAGGCCUCUCUGUCUUCAGGACCAAAACCAGUAAAUGAAUAGCUGCUAGUGAGGAGUUCUUACAAAGAAAACGACUCGGUACGAAAACUUCACAAACGACCUCUGAUCAAAUAAGGACUUCCUGUUAAAUGCAACACUUCCUUUAAAUCACUGAAUGUGUCAGCUUUAGCUUUGAGUACAUCUGUUUCAGUGAACGUUUUUUUGUUAUCAUUACAGUAUUGGUUAUUUUACGCCCGAUUGAUCAAGAGUAUCAAGUUUAUCGACAUUUUGAAUAAAGUCUACAUCAA